GUUGACGGGAAAUCGCUGCAGGGCUACUCCAACCAUCAAGCGGUCGAGGUGCUGAAGAACACGGGACAGAUGGUCAGACUGAAGCUGGUUCGAUUCCGCCACGGCCCUAAGUACGACAAGUUGCAGGAAUAUCUUGCCCAAGCCAACCAGUCUGUUGUUGCCUCGCCGCCGCCGACUGACAAGGAGACCACGGCAGUGUCCAACCCGACCUAUGACCUCAAUUCCAAGCACCUUGACCUUGAGGACAACCAAAUCUUUGUUGAUGAUUAUGGUGGAGCCCUAUCGCCAGAUGUGGAAGCAGCAAUCAAGGCAGCCUGGGAGCCAAUAGUGGGCAACGAUUUCUUGGUUGUGGUGGCACAGUUGUCCAAGUUCAAGGAAGGCGGUGGCCUUGGCAUCAGCCUGGAGGGCACAGUGGAUGUAGAAGAUGGUGUAGAAGUUAGACCUCAUCAUUACAUCCGCUCCAUCCUACCUGAUGGUCCCGUGGGGCUCAACGGCAGGCUCAAGAGUAGUGAUGAGCUGCUGGAGGUGAAUGGAAGGAGACUGCUGGGCCUCAAUCAUGUUAGUGUUGUAGAGAUUCUCAAGGACCUGCCCCAGCAUGUCCGGCUGGUGUGUGCCCGAAGGAAGUCCACUCAAGCAGAGAUGCAGAUGCACAUGGCUAUGCCUGAUCUCCCCAAGGUGGAGCCUGAACCAUUCCUGACCGAAAGAUUAGUAAAAGCCAAGUCGGAGAUGUCGCUGUCAGUGUCCGAACCCCCAGCAGCAAACCUCAACAAGUCCAAGUCCAGGUCACUGGAGCCCCUGACAGGGCUGGCCAUGUGGAGCCCCCAGCCCGUGGUCAUAGAACUGGAGAAGGCAGACAGAGGGCUGGGCUUCAGUAUACUUGAUUAUCAGGACCCAGUUAACCCCAAUGAUACAGUGAUCGUCAUCAGAAGCCUGGUCCCAGGCGGUGUGGCGCAGAUGGAUGGACGGCUGGUUCCUGGAGAUAGGCUGAUUUUUGUCAACAAUGUCAAUGUUGAACAUGCCACAUUGGAUGAGGCUGUCCAAGCACUAAAGGGGGCAGCUCGGGGCAUCGUGAAAAUAGGCGUGGCUAAACCAUUGCCCUUGAAAGACACAUUCAGAAUGGAGUCACAGCAGUCUCGUUUGGAAGAAUCUGUGCUUCCACCCUUUACUCCAGCAGCCGCCGACAAGGAAACCUCUGCAUUUGCCUUACACAACGAAGCAUUGACAGCACAUGAAUUUGAAACUGGGCAUUUAGAAGAACCUCUCUCAGAUGUUUCUGAUUCCUCCAUAAUUUUUGACAAACUUAAAGUGGAGAUACCUUCAGAAGAAGCUGCUGUCUCCUUAGACUACAAGUCCCUGGAUUCCGACCAAUCUGCUUUUUCUCUAGAACACUCUUUUAUCCAGUCGGAUUCAUCUGGUGACACCAAGCAAGACAUGAGACGGAAAGAUAGCUUCUACGAGAGUGAUGAUGAUGGUAAAACUAAGAAAGCUUCCUCUGGGAAGGCCCUAACCAAGAUCGUGAAUAUUGAUAUGGACCAGCCACCAGCUUACGAGUCUGCUGUAUCACAGUCUGAGUCUGUUGUUGUUUCUGAUCGACCUUUACGAGCAGCAGCCAUUGUAAAGCCUCCUCGAGCAGGGAAACCCAAAAGGGAUUUGAACACUGCAAACAGUUCCCUCCCCUCCGAGACUGGCUUUAGCGUUUUUGUGAUGGGUAAGCCAGUAGCGAGUGAGCAGCAUCAGUUUAUGGAACCAGUUACCAAAGACACAAAUUGUCCCGACACUCAUGCAGCACUUGAAAGCACCAGUGCUGCACAGCUUUCUUCUAAUGGAGAAACCCUUGCAGAAACAGUUGCUGCAGAAGUCAGUUCUGAUGAGGAAGUCCCUGCACCACCACUUCGAGGUCAGUCUACAGAAGUAUCUGGUCACAACUUGACAGCAGACCCAUCCCAGCUUGACCUUUCUGCCAGUUUGGACUCUGCAGAAAUUAACUCAUAUCAGAUGAUCCGUGGCUGGCCUGACACCAGUGAGGCAGCCGUUCCCCCGCUGGAGCCACCCAGGAGGGGCCCGCCCCCAAUUCCCCCCAAACCCAAGGAUGCCAGGACCAGCCUUCUGGUGCUCGCCCACGCCAAGGAAGCCCCGCCUGCACUGCCAGUCACCUCCCCUCCCCCAGCUUCUUCGCCUCUUGCCUCCCCUGUAACGCCACCCCUGAGGCCCCCGCCAAGUUCCCCCAAGUGGGGCGACGGGGAGUUCAAGCUCCAUGGAAAACAAGCCAUCAUUCAUCGGAAAACCAGCAGCUCAUCCUCGGAACACAUGACCUCAAGUGACCUUAAGACCCCUCCCACCUCCCCUCUCAGUCGGGGACACUCCACCCUGACCUCUCCCGUCUGCAGUCCCAGCCUAGAGCGCACCAUUCACAUCCAGAAGGCAAACUUGCAUCUUGGGCUGAGUCUAGAGGCUGUCGACAAAGCUUCCCGAGGCUGUAUUGUCAAGAGCAUAGCCAAGCCUAGUGCUGUUGAACAAGAUGGCCGCAUUCAGCCCGGAGACUAUAUCGUGUCCUUGAACAGUGAAAGCCUCAAGAGAAUCACCAACGCACAAGCCAGAGCCAUCUUGAGACGUUCCUCGCUGCAAGGUUCCGAUGUCAG